CUCAAGUGUUUGGAUCGUUGUCUUUUCAUUAAUUUCCCCUUCAAACCUCAAAAUGAUCCCCGGCUUCAACACCUUUACUUUCUUCAUGCUUUGGACUGCAGGCGUCUCUCAGUCCGUGCUGAUCACCCAGUGGCCCCGCUACAUCUCCAGUCCUCCCAACGGCUCUGCAGAAAUGACCUGCUACCAGAAUGACACCAACUAUGACUAUCUGUACUGGUACCAACAGCUGAGUGGAAGGAGCUUUCAGUUAAUAGUGUCUACAGUAGGUGGCUUUUCAAGCUUUGAAGUCGGAUUCAAGUCUGGUUUUCAGUCGGUGAAGUUCAGUGAGAAGCAAUGGUCUCUGACAGUAACCGGCCUUCAGGGGAAUCACGCGGCUGUCUAUCUGUGUGCUGCCACUCAAACGCUGUGUCAGUACGAAGCCUAUUUCGGCCAGGGAACGAAACUGACUGUUCUCGAACCUGGACUUAAUGUCACCAAACCGAAGGUCAAAGUGCUUCGACCUUCAGCAAGAGAGUGCGGAAACCCCAAAGACAAGGCGAGGAAGACCAUCGUUUGUGUGGCCAGCGGAUUCUAUCCGGACCACGUCGGUAUAUUGUGGAACAUCGACGGCCAGAAUGUCACCGACCGCCGCGUGGCGACCGACAACGCUGCCCUGCGGGUAGACCAGUAUUACAGAAUCACCAGCAGGCUGAGCGUCCCUGCCGAAGAGUGGUUCACCAAGGGCAAAAACUUCACCUGCAUCGUCAGCUUCUUCAACGGGAAAAACACAGAAUUAUACAAAAGUUCAACUAUCGGGGAAAAAGAUAAAAGAAGCUCCAUGACAAGAGAAAAGUAUUUGAUGGUCACACAAACGGCCAGAUUCUCCUACAUCAUCUUCAUCUUCAAGAGCAGCAUCUACGGAGCCUUUGUGGCCUUUUUGGUGUGGAGGCUUCAGCGAUCAGCUGGCAAGCAGAACGACUGAGAGAACCACAAGAUGUGUAAUCGGAGACAAUCAGUGGUGGAGUUUUAUAUUCACAAGUUAAGCUGUAAGUUGUGGUGCAUUGUUGCAAUCGCAGACAAAAAAAAGCUAAAAUAGAACAGUUAUUUGCAUAUUGUUGUUAAAAUGGCCAUCACGUCAUGAUAAUGCUAAGAAUGAUCCUGUGUGUGUGGGCCUGCAGUGCUUGAUUCUUUUCUCAAUAAAAGUAUUGAAAUGUAA